CUUUUCAUUUCAAUGGCAGAAGGGACAUUGAAGUCAAUAUUGAGGAAGACAAGCUUUUCACCAACAAAUAAUUGGAUUAAGUUGGAUGGUAAUGGCCAUAGUUCAAUACUCGACAUCGACAAAUAUGAAAUCAUGCGUUUAGUUCGUAUUGAUGCUCGUGAUCUUAGGAUUGUUGAUCCUCUUCUUGCUUACCCUUCUACCAUUCUAAGUAGAGAGGAGGUUAUUGUUCUUAACUUGGAGCAUAUCAAGGCAAUCAUCACCGCUAAAGAGGUGUUCUUGCAAGACCCAACAAGUAAAGAUGUGGCCCCUAUUGUUAAGGAACUACAAAGGAAAUUGUUUACCACUGGAACAAAUGAAAGAGAUGUUCAAGACAAUGGUCCACUUGAUGUUCAAGUAGAUGAAGAAGAUGAGUCACCUUUCGAAUUUCGAGCACUAGAGAUAUUUCUGGAAGCAAUUUGUAGUUUCCUUGAUGCACGAGUUGGAGAACUGGAAAUAGAUACUUAUCCUACAUUAGAUGAACUUACCAAAAAGGUUAGUAGUCGAAAUUUGGACAAAGUUCGUAAAUUGAAGAGUGCAAUGACAAGACUAACUGCUAGGGUUCAAAAGGUAAAAGAAGAAAUUGAACAUUUAAUGGAUGAUGAUGAAGACAUGGCUGACUUAUACUUAUCAAGAAAGUUGGUAGAUGCAUCAUCAUCACCAAUAAGUGAAUCAGUUGCUGGAAAUUGGUUUGCUUCCUCUCCUACCAUAAAAUCGAAAAGUGUGGCAACAUUUCAUAGAGAUGAUGAAAAUAAUGUGGAUGAGCUUGAAAUGUUACUAGAGGCUUAUUUCAUGCAAAUUGAUGACACUUUGAAUAGAUUGACUACGCUACGAGGUUAUAUCGAUGAUACAGAAGAUUACAUUAAUAUUCAUAUUGACAACCAUCGAAAUCAGUUGAUUCAGUUAGAGCUACUUCUUAACGCCGGAGAACUUUCUCUAGCCGUCUAUGCAGUGGUGACUGGAAUUCUUGGCAUGAACCUUCCCUUCUCUUGGACAAAAGACCAUGAUUACAUGUUUAAAUGGGUGGUUAUUUUCACAGGAGUUUUUACAUUUUUUUUGUUUCUCAUCAUAGUUGCCUAUGCUCGCAAAAAGGGGUUGGUUGGAUCAUGAAUUGGUGAAUCAAUUUGGUGGAAAAAGGGGUCAAUUGAAUGAAUUUGAGGAGGCCUAUAUAUAACUUUAUGAGCAGCGAUGUAGCAUUUUCUUUUUCUAAAUAAGCAAAAAUCAUUCGACCAUAGAGAGUACAUGAAGUGAAUAUAAAUUAUAUGAGAAAAAGGUUGAAUUGGGGCCUUUUUUUUGAAUUUGUAUUUAUAAACAAAAUUCUCAAGAUAAAACUUAGAAAUU